AUGGACAAGUCGAAUUCGGGUCGCCAAAAGAUCCCAAUCCGAAAAAUACCCAAGAAGAACCAUUUACAGGUCACCUUCUCCAAACGCCGCGCCGGACUCUUCAAGAAGGCCAGCGAGCUCUGCACCCUCUGCGGGAUCGAAAUCGCCGUCAUCGUCUUCUCCCCGGCCGGCAAGGCGUACUCGUUCGGACAUCCCGACGUGGGCUCGGUCGUCGGCAGGUUCCUGGCCCAUCAGGACCCGAUUCCGACCGGCGGAGGCGCUCAUCGCCGUCAGAGCGCCGUCGUUAAGGCCGGUGGUGGUGGUGGUGGGCUGAAGAACGCGCAGCUGGCCCAGAUUCUCACUCAGCUGGAGGCCGAGAGGGACCACGUGGAGAUGGUGGGCCAGGUGAUGAAGGCCCAAGAGAGCUGGCUGACGAGAUGUCCAGUAGACGAACUUGGGCUUGAUGGGCUUGUGCGGUUGAGAAGCGAGCUGGAAGAGCUGAAGUUGAAUGUUGCGAAGCAGCAGCGGAUUGCGCUGAUGGAAGCUGCCGCUGCGGCGAGUUAUCAUUCUUCGUCCCAGUUUCUCGAGGUGAUGAACUUUUCUUCUUCGACGGGUGGCUGUAAGUUUUGA